UCUCGCGAAGCUUUGUGAUGCGGUCAGCUUCUGAGACAAGAGAAUGUGCUUUUGUGGCUUAAGCUUACCAUUUAGACGAUUCUCUAAUAAUCUUUAGUUUUCAAUCGUGGGCUUGGUGAACAUGGUCUCGUCGCUGUUAAUUCUUGUCACUUUCGUGUUAUUUGCGAGAAUAUCAGCUGAGUUUCAGGGACCUGACACCCAAAGCAAUCCUAAAAAUGACGGCAACGAUGACGAAGAAAAGGCCAAACUAAGGUUUGCUAUUUAUCGUGAAUACUCUAAGCUCUCUUUAGACUGUACCUGGUUAAAAAAAAAAAAAGUUAGGUUUCUAUCUUUAACUGCCUGGUGUUGAACUUCUUGUCAAUGUAAGGUAUAUAUGAACUAAGAUAUUUUUACUAUUAUGACGUGUGACGAUGAAAGGCAUUGGUCUACUUUAAGAGAAUUAUUGUAUUUCUGAAACAGGACAGGUUUGUUAAUUUUUCCCUCAGAAGAAAUGUUUCUUUAUAUGUGUGUGUGUUGAAGAAUAUUGAACAGAAUUCUCCGUAAUUCACGGAAAUCUGUACCGUUACAAAUGUGUUGCGUGACGGUUAAACAAUGACUGUUCUACACUCGUCACGCAAUGUUUCAAAGAAGCUUUCAGAUGGCUGAAAUGAAACUAACUAAAAUUGUAAGGAUUUAUUUAAAAAACAAAAGAUUUUGGGAAAAGCUAUCAUCUCAAGUUUUGUAGGAGAACUUUCUAGGGUUCCAGGGCGGAUGUGCCUAGGUUGCAUUACUCAGUUUUGUAUAUUUUGAAGUAGCAAUUGGUAGAGUGAGGACCACAUCCAAAUUCUUCUGUUCAUGAAAUCAUAAGUCGCUUAAACAAAACUGUGUUUUCUCCUUGCAUUGUAGGUCAGUUUUAUUAUUGAUUGAUCGAAACGGUGACAGUGAAAUUUCAGUCAAAGAACUUUCUGCUUGGACCCAAAAGAGCAUGAGAACUUUUUACAGACAGGAGGCCGACGGUAGACUGAGUUCACUGGACUCUGACAAAGACAGCAAGGUUUCCUGGGGAGAGUAUGUCAAGGGUGCUGAAAACAGAGACGGUAAACAUUGUGACACCUCUUACCCGCCCCAAGCCCCCAUGUCCCCUUGCAAUAAUGAUGACGCAAUGUUUUUAUUUCUCUGUAUUUCCCAAUUUUCACUCUUUUUAAGGACCCUUCCUUUCUACCCUCCCAUCUAUCGAAUUAAUUCUCGGUUUGCGGCAGGAGCCCAUUACUAGACUCCUGUUUGCAGCUGCUGUGGUAGUGAGAAUUACUCUUCAACACUUUUGCGGCUGAAACUUUGCAUUUAAACUGUGUGACGUUCUAAUGGAUCAUUUUUGACAACUUGAAACUACACGAUGGUUUUGUUCCCAAUUAUGUCAACUUGCAGGUUUUACAGAAAAGCAAAAAAGGCGUGAUAGAAGAAGAUUUGAACACGCUGAUGCAAACAGAGACAGUUUGCUGUCACGCGAUGAACUGAUUUCCUUAUUCCACCCCGAAGAAAGUGCAAAUAUGUUUGGAGUAAUAGUUGAGGUAAGGAGCUGUGCUUGAAAAGUCCUGAUAUGAGUUCUUUUUUGACCUAUAUAGUGAUACGCAUGAAAUUUUUUUCUACAGAAUUACAAACCGAAAACAAAAUUUAUGUUAAAAGGGGUGAGUUUCUUAAGAAACUGUGGUGCUGUGUGUCGGUGGGGGAGUACAGCAAGAUAACUGGAUUUUAUCAACUGAGUUGGUAAUGUAAACUGGCCACCGUAAAUAGUUUAAAAGCUGAAGUUUUGAGCGUUUGAAGAGCUAACGCUCGAAACGUCAGCUUUUAAACCCUUUCCGGUGACUAAUUAACAUUAUCGACUCAAUUGAUUAAAAAACAAAUCAUCAACUUUUAUGUCAACUUUCUUCCAUUCUGAGCCAAAAGCUAAAACUGAAGAUGAUUUCUUUUAGGAGUUCAUGGAAUACAUUGAUAGCGACAAUGACGGUUUUCUAUCAUUUAAAGAGUACAAAGGUAAACCUUUUUCCUUUAAAUUUCUUUUCCAUGUUAGGUCUGACCUUACCUAUAAGUUUACUGAAAGAGUUUACAAAUACUUUUGAAUUCCUCUGAGAUGCUGAUGAUAAGUUUGAAAUUAUGCUGAUUAGUUCACGCACUGUUUAUUUCCGUGUAGGGAAAACAGCAGAUACUGGAAACGCGGAUGAACACUCAGCGAAAGAAUCCUUUAAGAGACUGGAUAAAGACAGUGAUGGAAAACUUAACAAAGUAUGCAUAGCAUAUAAGGGAUAUUUUAACUUUGAAUUGUUCAGAAAACCGACCAAUUCAUGAUUAAGAAUUUUUGGGCUAGUCAAGAUAUGUAGUUCGGUGCUGAAAAGUUUCUCAGGCGGGCUCUACUAAAGGAUCAGAUGAAGGAGUUUGAAAACAUGCAACAAAAACAGAGCCUUGGGCUUAAUCUGAAAAAAAUUGAACUGGGAAGUAAGGAAACUUUGGGAGCAUUUUAAUCGUAGUUUCUAUCUCAGCUGAUUUUACCUCCUUUCCUGUCCUAAGGAGGAGAUGAAGCUGUGGUUAGCAGCAGUAAACACCUCGGCCCAAGCAAAUAAUCAAGCACAAAGACAAGUUAAAUUAGCCGACGAUAACAAGGUAAUCUAUUUUCAGAUGAUGAAAGAUGCGUGAUAGUUGAGAGUAACCGGAGGGUGUGCCCCGAAGUCCCGUCUAUUUUCUACAUACCUUCGUCUUUUGGAUAGUACCACCUCUGGAAGAGGUGGUGGAACGUUUUAAAUAGUGGGUUAAAAAGAAGGGGCGUCACCGCAAAUUAGGCCGAGCCCAUGCUUCUAUAAAAAUUUCCUUGAAUGUCUUUCAACUUGUUCGUUAGCACAAGCAAAAUUUUUAUGUAAUCUUAACUGUGUCCAGUGUGACUGAAACCAACUUGUGGCAAUAAAGAAGUCGAUAGUUGUUCCAAUUUAUUUUGUCAAGUGCGAUGAAAAGAUUUUUCGAAAGAUCACCAGAAUAUGUAAUGUAGUGCGUUUCUAAUAAUUUCCACACUGAAACGCAAAAGGAAGAGACUGCGCCUAUGUCCCAUAUCCCUUGGAGAUUCACAGACUAAUUUCUAGAGAGGCUUAUUUUUUCAUCUGUAAAUACACACAGGAUGGUGUUUUAAGCGAAAAAGAAAUCAUGAACCAUAUGGAGAUUUUCACCGCCGGGCCUGAAGGAUUCCAAACAAGACAAAAAGUUAAAGACGAAUUGUGAAGACACUUAGCAUAAAAUACUCUUCUCUGGUCCCUCUGUUCGUCUUCCAAAGAUGCAAACACUGAAUUGAAGAGAAAAGGAAACAGAGAGGACGAGAUAACAAUAAGGGAAGCAACUUAAAACGAAAAUACAACGGUCACUCUACGUUUUAACAUUGGUUGGUGUUUUUUUGUAAGAAACUUGGGAUCACGAAGAUCUCAUAUAAGUAUGCACUCUUUUAGAUCAGUGGCUUAUUGAAACCAAACUUGGGAAUCGCGUGAUAUCACAACCACAAGCCCACGAUUAUUUUGGCUUAUUGUCAGCGGUAUGGUCUCCAAGAACGACCACACCGCUGACAAGAAGCCGAGAUCGCCCUGGGCUCAAGAUCUGUGAUGUGAUUGAGUGAAAUUAUACUAUUGUAGGUAAAUUUGGAAUACCAUUAUCAUUGUUUGAAAAAAACACAAUGUUUCACGAUGGUGCUAAGUCAUUUGUUUGUUUAAAAUCUUGUUUAUACAUGUUUUUAAAUGACAUUGAGACUAAUGGCUUAUUUUCAUGCUGUUCUGGUUCAACAAGUUUGUCUAUUAAUCCCCGAAAUUUUUACCACAAUACCUUAUAAAUAACCUUGAAAAAAAUGAAGCUAAAAAGCUCUGCAGGCGAAAUCAGUGCAAUAGUUUUGAUAAGCGACCUAUCAGUUCGCUAGAGAAAUCGAAAUACUUGUCUAGGAGGACCAUAGUUUGUAACAUUAGACAAAACUGAAAUAUCACAGUUGGCUUUUGUAAAGUGGUAAGGAAUACGCGUUAAAAAGGCUUGUGUAUUGCAUGCAUGCAUUAGAAAUUGAUAUUGUGAUGUUUCCUUGGGUUUUUAUUUAGAAUUUACCAUUUCCUAUUACGUAGCCAGCGGGAGGCUCUGACGAAAGGUGGGAUGCGGAAAAAAUUGAUAUGCUGACUAUGCUUGUAAUUUUGGUAAAUACAAAGAAAAGUGUAGUGCACUUUAAAGGAUUUUUGGCUGUUUCAUGAUUCACCGGACAUUUGACAUAAAAGACUUGUAUUCCGUGUUGUUCCAUACUCUCCCCCCUCGGCUCACUUUCUACGUUAAGUGGCAUAGUUUAUAGAGACCCUUUUGUUAGAUGUUUGACGACAUUAUUUUCGGCACGGUAGAUUGCGCAUCAGCCGAUACCAUAAGCUACGUGGCUUCACACGAAGCAUACAACGUGUACUAUACUUGACAAAAUCUUGGAUCACCGAUACAAUAUAUGCCGGUUUAGUUAAACUUGUCAUAAGAUAGUUCAAAGCGCUCUUUAAGUAAAGCAUACGAACCUUAGUUUCACAAUGUUUCGAGUUUGGAGUUCGUAUUGUCUUGUGUUGUGUUGUGGUUGCAUUUUGUAUGCGUCCGCUUUCUCAUCGCAAAAAGAUACAAAGAAGGUUUCUAAAGAAGAUACCGAAAAGAAAGUCAACAAUACUGUCAUGUAAGUAAUAAAACACACGUGUAGCUAUGUAGUAUUCAAGAAGAUGUUGGGAAUUGGGGUUGUUUGUCGUUGUAGAAUAUUUCAAAUUGGCGUCAGUUUAGGGGUAUUUGAAAGCCGAACGAGAUGGAAUUUGUUUGUUGGUUCAUUUGUUUGUAUGCAAGUCAAUUAGGAAGCUAAAGGCCAAGUGUUUGUACUUUUUUGCCGCUUCUUUGAUUUGGAAUUUUUCCUUUUUGGACCAGACUCCAAAAAAGCAACAUUUCAAACGUAAACUAGACCUCUGUCCCUUAACUGAUCAAUGUUCAAUGACCGUGACAUGAUGUUAAAAUUAGCAUAAUGAGCAAAACCGCUGUCUGUUGAAUUCCUUCGAAGCUUUGAAAAAAAAAAUGGCAGAAGGAGAAUUCUGUGAUAUUUUGAAUGAAAAGCGAUAUAACUGCAAUAAAGCACACCCUAUAGGAUUCCUGUACUUACAUAUUCUAAUUUAUUUCUCUUUCCGCGUUAAUUGCAGUUUACUUCUUGAAGUCAUGGAUAAGGACAAAGAUGGCAAAGUAAAUGAAGAGGAAAUGACUGCCUGGGUUAGGAAAACUUUGAGGAAAACUUACAAAGAGGAUUCUGGGCAAAUUAUGAGUGAAUUGGACACCGACAAAGAUGACAAACUUUCUUUCGAAGAAUUUCUCAAAUCCGAAGAAGACAUUGGAGGUAAUUGCAUAGCUCUUGAAGUUUGCAAUUUAAUUGUGAGUCUGUUUGCUACACAAACUCUCAUCUUCCUUAUAGACGCUUUUUUUUUUGACGCUCCUUUUUAAUAGAGUCACCUAAAACUGCAUCUAAAAAUAAGCUUGUACGUAAAUUGGUUAUAUAUUUCCCUUGUUAUUUAAUCGUUAUUUAAUUUGUUUGUUUGUUUUUGCUUUUUUGUUUUGUUUUGUUUGUUUUUUCAUUGUAAGUAUAUUAUUUGUCUAUUUUUCUAUUAAUUAUUAUUAUUAUUUUUAUUAUUAUUCACUAUUUAUUUCCUACAGUCGCUGCAGAAGAACAAAAGCGAAAAAGAUUCAAUGUUGCAGAUGCCGACAAAGAUGGCCUCCUGAACACUGAUGAAGUCACUUCCAUGUUUCACCCAGAGGAGAGACCUCACAUGUUCGAAGUGAUUAUUGACGUAAGAUUCUUUUUUUUCCCUUCAGAUUAUGCUUCACCCCUCGCCUUGCAAGUACUCGGCAUGUACAACAGUUAGUCAAGAAAAUUUGCGCCUCCUCUCAACCAAUGGGAUGCAAAUUAAAAACUCGGCAAGCACGACUCGGUCACUUACGAUUUCCCGCCGGAAAUCUUUGGUAGAUUUUUUUGUUUUUUACUUCAAGUUCUCUUUGGUUGGCUCCAUGUGAAGUUUCCUUUUCUCUGAUCGGCCAACGUAAUUUUUUGGUGUUAGUGUCACGAUAGUCAAUCGAAAAGUUUGCUAAAUAACCUUUACUCCACCAUAUAGGAAUACAUGGAAGUAGGAGACAUAAACGGUGAUGGACUUCUUUCACUAGAGGAGUACAAAGGUAAUUAGUAUUUUUUUAAUUACUUCAGGAGCUGAAUGAAUUAGUCGAAGAACGUGAUUUGGAUUUUACUUACAAACGAGACAAUUUCUUUCAGAAAAAAUGUUCAAAGGAACUAAAGCAAAUCUGGAAGCUGCUGAUAAAUUCUACGGCGAACAAGAUAAAAACGGAGAUGGAAGUUUCGACAGGGUAAGUUAUUUAUUUUUCAUUUCUUUUUAACUGAGCAUUGAUUUAAGGGAUCAGUCACUAUUUUAUAGCUUGGGGGAGGGGAUGGGGGUGGAAGAUGGGAGGAGGGUUUUGGGGAUAACAUAGCUUCCAGGGUAAACGGAGUAUAAAGAGAGAAUAUAGAAAAUUGGAUGGCACUUACCUGCCAAUAAAAGGCGGAGGGGGGGAGGGGAGGGGGUUCGUAGGAAUAUUACAGAAUCUUGGCGGGGGGGGAUCAGAUAAAUUGUAUCGUGACAACCGAUGAUGAUGAAUAAUGGCUGGUCCCUUCAUUAAGGCUUUUUGUGUUAUGAGUAACUGUCAAAGUAAUCAGCGAAGAAUCGUAAAUUUUGAUUCAUAUGUCCAUAGGUUUUCGCCAAAUCGUCGGGAUUCUUCGGAAAGUAUCCGCUGAGGUCGGGUGUGCUCUAGUAUCGCACCAAAGAGAGGCUUCGUGGCUGAGCCUUGGUUUCAGUUGAAAUAAAGUUUGCUUAUUUAUCGAUGUUCUUUCUUCUAGGAGGAAAUAAAAGAGUGGUUAAGGUCAAUUGGUACUUCGUCUUUGGCUAAGAGACAAACAAAGCAAGUUCUUGAAAGGGCAGACGAUAAUAAGGUUAGCCGUUGUGGCUAUCACGAGGCCACACCCUCGUUUUUUGUCUCCAGUUACGUGUCGGGGCUCUUAAAGGAAAGCUGUAGCUGAAUGAAGUGAGGGGCGCUCAUUCGAAGGAGGGCGCUUAAUCGAGGGCGGCACUUAUUAAGUUAUUAAGAUGGCGCAGCAGUGGGACAAAAAUCAAAAGAACAGAUAUCGCAGAGAAAGGAAUUAUGCAAGCAAAUGGAGAUAGAAAUAACUAGAAUGGGAAAGAAACUUUCUUCUUUUACCGAUUCAACUGUAAUUGAAGCCUAAAAAUUACAAAUGAAGUGGCAAAAAAAACAGGUUUCACUUGUAUCCCUGCUAUUUAAGAAUAGUAUUUAAGAGGGGGAGGAGGGGGGGCCCUUACUCGAGGGGGGUGCUUGUUUGAUAUAUUGGCCAAGGGGGUUGGCACUUAUUUGGAAGAGGGCGUUUAUUAGAGCGUGGGCGCUUAUUCGAGGAAAUAGAGUAUUUUGCAUUCUCAUAAUGUAAUAUCUCUUUAUUUUUCUAGGAUGGUGCUAUCACUGAUAGCGAAAUUCUCAAGAAUAUCGAUCUUUUCACUUCAGUUAGAGAAGUUCUGGAAAAUGAGAAGAGAAAGGCCGAAGAGGCUGAAAAGGCUGAAAAGACUGAAAAGGCUGAA